GUCAAAAUAUACACACUGGAAUUGUAUCACAAAGGUCAAAACCUUUUCGCCCUAGAGAAGUGGAAGGGGCAAAAUUUGGCGCCAAUUUUUCACAAUCUAAAAUCUUAGUAAAUACCGCUUCACCUGAGCGGCGCACACACUCACACACACCAUCUCUCUCAUUCUGAAAAUGCAGCGCCAAAAAUCUAUUCUCUCCUUUUUUCAAAAACCCGCCAGUGCCGAAAAUGUGCACGGCAGCCGGCGAGUUCCGCAGUUUACGGUGAAGAAAGAUAAACAUAACGGCGCCGCGUCCAAUCAAGCUACGAGUGAUAAUAUGAUGGACUCGUCUCUUGAAAUCAGAGGAACCGAAACACCGCCGGAGAAGGUGCCACGUCAGGUUUUUCCGGCGACGUUCCAGGAAAAUGAAAACAACGGAGGUUCUUCGCUGUUCUCGAGUAUUAUGCAUAAGUUUGUGAAGAUUGAUGAUAGAGAAAAGUCUACUGAGAGGAAUCCGGCUCCUGGUGGUUCUGCUAAUGUUUGUACGAUUUCUGGUAGAUAUAGUGAGCUGGAAGGAUUGCCCAAACAAGAUGUGGCUGCCCAACAUUGCAGAAAGGGUGAUGUUGUCAAUUCUAAUGGGAUCGUUGAUCAAGGAUAUGGCGUGCAGAUUGAAAUUGAUGAUGACAUUCCAGGGCCAGAAACACCUGGUAUGCGACCUGUUGUUCCUCGAUUGAAGCGAUUGCAAGAAGAUAGUCCAAAGUCUGGGGUCAAGGAUGACAGUUCCUUAUUCGAUUCAAGCAAAAGGCUGAAACUACUUCAGGAUACUACAGCCUUGAGCAAGAAUCACUUAAAGUUAUCUGAUACAAUGAGCAAGUUUGAGUGGCUUGACCCUGCUCGAAUCAAGGAUGCUAAUGGGCGAAGGCCUAGCAAUCCUCUUUACGACAAGAAGACGCUGUAUAUACCGCCAGACACAUUGAAGAAAAUGUCAGCAUCUCAGAAACAAUAUUGGAGUGUCAAAUGUCAAUAUAUGGAUGUUGUGCUUUUCUUUAAAGUGGGAAAGUUUUAUGAGCUUUAUGAACUAGAUGCUGAAAUUGGCCAUAAGGAGCUUGAUUGGAAAAUGACAUUAAGCGGUGUGGGGAAAUGUCGGCAGGUUGGUAUAUCUGAAAGUGGGAUUGAUGAUGCUGUUCAAAAGCUUGUUGCUCGUGGAUAUAAAGUUGGACGAAUUGAACAGUUGGAGACAUCUGAUCAAGCAAAAGCCAGAGGUGCAAAUUCUGUAAUUUCAAGAAAAUUGGUUCAGGUAGUCACCCCAUCAACCGCAAGCGAUGGUAAUAUUGGGCCUGAUGCUGUUCAUCUUCUUGCAAUAAAAGAGGGGAAUUGUGACCUGGAUAAUGGUUCAGUUGUGUAUGGCUUUGCUUUUGUUGACUGUGCUGCUUUAAGAAUUUGGGUUGGUUCCAUCAGUGAUGAUGCAUCCUGUGCUGCUCUGGGGGCUUUACUGGUGCAAGUUUCGCCGAAAGAAGUUAUAUAUGAGAGUAAAGGGUUGUCCAAAGAAGCUCAUAAAGCACUCAGAAAGUAUUCAUUAACAGGUCCUUCGAUGCUGCAAUUAAGUCCAGUUCAGUCACUUACAGAUUUCCAGAAUGCUUCUGAAGUUAGAAAUUUGGUGCGCUUGAAGGGUUACUUUAAAGGAUCUUCUAAUUUGUGGAAUCAUGUACUUGAUAGUGUGAUCCAUCAUGAUGUUGCCUUAUGUUCUCUUGGUGGACUUAUUGAUCAUCUAUCGAGGUUGAUGUUAGAUGAUGUUUUACGGAAUGGAGAUAUAUUGCCGUAUCAAGUUUAUCAGGGUUGCCUCAAAAUGGAUGGACAGACCCUGGUUAAUCUUGAGAUAUUCAGUAAUAAUGCUGAUGGUGGUCAAUCUGGUACAUUGUACAAAUAUCUUGAUCAAUGUGUGACACCAUGUGGUAAGCGGCUUUUAAGGAAUUGGAUCUGCCAUCCACUAAAAGAUAUUGAAGGCAUAAAUAAUAGGCUUAAUGUCAUUGAAGAUCUAAUGGCAAAUUCAGAAAUUAUGUUGCUUUUUGCUCAAUAUCUUCGCAAGCUUCCAGACUUAGAAAGGCUGCUUGGACGGAUUAAGGCUAGCGUUCAGUCAUCAGCUUCUCUGUUACUGCCCUUGGUUGGCAAAAAAGUAUUGAAACAGCGAGUUAAAGCGUUUGGCUCUCUUGUGAAAGGCCUGCGUAUUGGAUUGGAUUUCUUAAUGCUAUUACAGAAUGAAGGGCGUAUAAUCUCAUCUUUAUCAAAAGUUUUUAGACUUCCAAGGCUUAUUGGUAAUGAUGGGCUGGAUCAAUUCCUUACCCAAUUUGAAGCAGCUGUAGAUAGUGACUUCCCAAACUACCAGAAUCACAACGUGACAGAUUCAGAUGCUGAAACUCUCUCUAUUCUGAUUGAGUUAUUUAUUGAAAAGCCUACUGAAUGGUUUGAAGUCAUAUAUGCCAUCAAUUGUAUCGAUGUACUAAGAUCUUUUGCAGUCAUUGCUGGUUGUUCAUGUGGGGCUAUGUCCAGACCUGUUAUUUUGCCUCAAUCUGAAAAUAUAACUGGGGGCCAAGAGAUCAGAGGACCCAUACUUCAAGUUAAAGGGCUUUGGCAUCCAUUUGCCUUUGGAGAGAAUGGAGGAGUGCCUGUCCCAAAUGACAUGAUCCUUGGUGAGAAUACAGAUGGCCAUCAUGCCCGAACUUUGCUACUGACUGGACCGAAUAUGGGCGGGAAGUCAACACUCCUGCGUUCAACUUGUUUAGCUGUCAUACUGGCCCAGCUGGGCUGUUAUGUGCCCUGCGAGAUGUGUGUUUUCUCACUGGUGGACACUAUCUUCACCCGGCUUGGUGCUACUGACCGAAUCAUGACUGGGGAGAGUACCUUCUUCGUUGAGUGCACAGAAACAGCAUCCAUCCUUCAAAACGCCACUCAAAAUUCUUUGGUUAUUCUUGACGAAUUGGGUCGAGGAACAAGCACUUUCGAUGGAUACGCCAUUGCAUAUGCGGUAUUCCGGCAUUUGAUUGAAAAGGUUAACUGUCGACUACUAUUUGCUACGCACUACCACCCACUUACUAAGGAAUUUGCUUCCCAUCCACAUGUUACACUGCAACACAUGGCCUGCGCUUUUCAGUCAAAAUCUGAGUGCCAUUCAAAAGGUGAGCAGGAGCUGGUUUUCCUAUACCGGCUUGCCUCUGGAGCAUGCCCAGAGAGCUAUGGAUUGCAAGUGGCAAUAAUGGCUGGAAUCCCAGAAAGGGUGGUUGAAGCUGCAUCGAAGGCUCGCCAAGUGAUGAAAAGAUCACUUGGCAAAAGUUUUAGGUCAAGUGAACAAAGAUCAGAGUUCUCGACUCUCCAUGAACAGUGGUUGAACAUGCUAAUGGCUGUCUCUAAAAGUGAAAAUCGUAAUUUUGACGACACCGAUGAUUUUGAUACGCUUUUUUGCUUGUGGCAUGAGCUAAAGAGCUCCUAUACAUAGAUCGGGUAGCUGAAAAGAAAAGCACGGAUUCGCAUAUUUUGUUGUAAAUAUCAAGUCUUUAAAACAUUAUUAUAUAUCAUUAAAAUGUAUUUUGAUUUC